AUGAUUUUACAGAUAAAAAUAAGAUGGGUGUAAAAAAAAUUAUUGAAAUGGAAGGAAAAUUUAUUUUUCAUUGUAUUUUAAAAAUGUUCUAAAUUUUAGAUAUGGUUGAUUAAAAAUAAUCAAGUUAAAACUAUAUUUGAUGAUUAAAUGAAGUAUUAGCAUAUUUAGUUAUCAAGCCUCUUUUUUAUUAAUGAUGUACAAUUUUUUGAACCUAAUAAUUUAACUUCUGAUCUAUUUUUGAUGUAAAUGAUUUUUAUAAGUAAAUAUAACUUAUAAGUACUGUAUUUGUAAAUUUAUUUGGUUUAAUUUGAGAACAGCAUUCCAAUUAUUGUAACAAGCAAAUCAAAUUCAAAAAGUAGUAUAGAUUAUAGAAUAAAGAUAUUAUAAUUUAACCCAGAUGUAACAUUAUCAUUUUAGUCAAUUAAUUAGCAAUUCAUCAACUAAUCCUUAGCAAACACUAGAGAUAAUAUUAAAUUAACAACAUUCAAAUAAUAAUAUUCACUUUUCCUAUAAAACUUAUUUGAAUUGAAAGUAUAAAUAAAUGCUCACAGUUAUUACACAUAUGAAAUUUGUAAUACUUCAUUACAUUUUUUUGACCUAAGUAAUUUAUUCUGUAAUUUGACUAAACCAAAAAGGUUAUAUGAUUUUAUAAAGAUUAUCCAUUAAGGGCUUAUAUAAAACCUAAAUUAAAGUAUUUAUAUACAAUUUGAAAAUCAAUUUAUUUAGAAGAAAUGCUACAAUUAAAUGUUUUAGAAUAGCAAAUGA